CAAAGAUUCAAGGCAAACCGGUCUUGCAACCGGUCAGUCAGAUAUGUACACAUGUUCUGAGUCGUACAAUUUACCUAAACCUGAUUCAACCUCAGAACAAUCUACCGCUGUAGGGAUGAAUGAAUUUACGGUGAAAUUCCGAGAUAUUAAACGUGUCAGCCAGAAUGGAUUAUACUGUAUUGUUUGCGGGGAUGUCAGUAGUGGGAAACAUUACGGUAUAUUGGCAUGUAACGGGUGCAGUGGAUUUUUUAAGCGUUCUGUCAGGCGAAAACUUAUAUACAGAUGUCAAGCAGGUAACGGCCUAUGCGUAAUUGAUAAAGCACACAGAAAUCAAUGUCAAGCUUGUAGACUAAAGAAGUGUAUUCGUAUGGGUAUGAAUAAAGACGCUGUCCAAAAUGAACGUCAGCCAAGAAACAGCUCACAGUUUACCGCCCUUAGUUAUGCAGGACCAAAUGAACAUCAAAGUUUCGAACUACGUCAUACACCGAAUGACAAGGCGCUUCACUCAACGCUUAACAGCUAUCCAACGAAGAAAGAAAAAUCCUUCGACGAUUCAGUAAAUUUAUCAACGGAAAAGAUGCAGAAUAUAGUUUCCUCUGAAUACCAACCACCUGUUGAUCACAGUAUAUCAGAAAACAUGAGUACUUUUGAUGAACCAUCAGUUAAUAAACUGGAAUGGGACCUGACUCAUCGAACUAGGUACAACAGUCAUAUGUUGAAACGUUCCCAUUCAUUCCGUUAUAGAAGGCUGCUAAACAGAAGGAUGACCAAUAAAAUAAGUGGAGUCAGUGAGGAUAAAUGUGCUAGUGUAGACAGUAAUACGUCUUAUUUGAUAGACGGAAACUUGCCAACCUACUUUAACAACAUUAUCCAACCAAGCGAUUCGUCAUUUAGUCUUGGAUCCUCGAGUACUUUACCAAGCAUAUCAUCAGUGUCACUAAAAAACGACGUAUCGAGUCUUCCACCAUUUUAUAUUAGUCCGUUACGGACAGUCAAGUCGCCAACAUCAAUGCAAAUAAGUACCAUGAUAGAUCAUUUGGGUUCCCAAAAUUUAAUGCCAUCAGUAUCGCAUUCAGACAGAGAAACACACAAGUUUUAUCUGCAGUUAUUGAAUAUUUUAGGCCCAUCCAAAAAUAGUAACAGAAUGACAACUUGUGAAGAGGGUUUUUGCAGUGGUGCUAACGAUUUGACAGUAGGUAUGGUAGGACCACCCGCAGGAUAUCAAGAUUACCUUCAAACACACAGAAGUGCACAGAAUUCAGGAAAACAAAAUAACCAUAUAGAAAACAAUGAAGCUGAGUUUCAAUUUCACAAUAUUUUGAAACGUUUCUACAGUACCUAUUUAGGUAACAGUAAUCUUCAUAAUGACAAUAUAUCUAAAGCCAAAAAUGAAAGUCAAACGUUUUCCAACAGAUAUCCCUUACCACACUCGUGCAGCAGUUACAUUACCUGUGGGAACCCUUCUCAUAUCUCAAAUAAUAAUGGUAAUACUAUUACAAGUUCUACAUUUUUUAAAGAACUAUUUUCGAAAAGUUUAGCUGGGUUAGAUGCGCGGAAUAAAGGUGAAAGAGAAAUAAAAGAAUUAUUUCUUAACAAAACAAUUCAGCAAUUAGAAGAAAACAUGAAGAUGUACAACCCAGCAUCAUCACUAACAGUGGAGUGUAGCAAAGCCGGUGAUACCGUCGAAAAGAAUUCAUUUUUACUUCAGGAAAAUGAUAGCGAAAUAUCAGAAGUUCAAUCUUCAUUUGGUGAGAUUCCUGUUAACUCUGUACCCAGCUUUGAUAAAUCACUUGAAGGCGAACCGAAAGAAAACACCGUUUGCCCAAAUAAAAUUAACUCCACACUUAAUCUGGACAUUACAAAUCAGAUUAAUAUAUUCUUGAAUUGGACAUUUGAGGCAAGUGGUUGGAUUCUAAGGAAUCCAGGAAAUCAAAUCGUCAUUAGCAAACUUUUUAACAAAGCAUUUCGUCCACUGGUUGAAAAACUUAUUAACUGGGUCUUUCGAAUUCCGAAUUUCACUAGUUUGCGCAAGCAAGAACAGAAAAUUCUAUUCUCUCAGACAUGGAUGAAUCUACUACUGCUAAUUUGGCUAGAAAGUCAACAACAGUCGCAAAUCACAUGGAGUCAAGCUAUUUCCAAAUGUCAGUUCACUGAAGGCUUUUGUAGCCCACCAAUAGAAUUAUAUGAACAAUACCAAAGUAUUCAGCCCGAUGUCACCGAGUUGAAUUUAUUGAAAAUGAUGCUUCUAUUUAGUACUGACAUAAUAGAAGCACAAAUGAUUGAAAACAUAGACUAUAUUGAAAAGCAACUUCGACUUCAGUUGACUCAGUAUGAAUGGAUUACGCAUCCAAAUAACAUAACAAGGUGA